GUCGCUCUACAGCUCAGUAUUUUCGCUAUCUGGCUGCUCUUGUCACAAUCAUGGAAACGACGGCGUUCGAAGGCUGCAAGGCUAUAGUCUUUGAUCUAAUGGGAACAUGUACCGACUGGCAUUCUGCUCUUUUGCCCCUAAUAACAUCGCUUCCUCCACUGGCUCCACCCCUGCCGUACACCCUGGGCGAAUUUCUCUUGCAGUGGCGUUUGGGUUUCUUUGCAGAGAUACACGCUCGAUUCGAACGUGGAGAACCGAACGAGGACAUCGAUAUCACACAUCGUCGUGUACUUGAUAGGCUUGUUGGAGAGAGCGCAGGCUGGAGCGAGGAAAUGAGGGAAAGGCUCGUGAAGGGAUGGCACAAUCAGGUGGCAUGGCCUGAUUCAAUACCGGGAAUUCAGAGGCUCAAGAAUAGGUUCGACGUCGUUGUGCUAGCCAAUGGCACUACACGGCUCCAAUUGGACAUUGUGCGCUCUUCUGGACUUCCGUUCCACACACUAUUUUCUUCGCAACUUUUAGGAUUGACGAAGCCUGAUCCCGCGAUAUAUUUGAAAGCCCUGUCUUUCCUUGGAUUGCAUCCUAAAGAAUGCGUCAUGGUCGCUGCUCACGCAUAUGAUGUGCAAGCUGCACAAAAAGUAGGUCUGAAGACUGUUUACGUGCACCGUUGGACGGAAGAUCCAGAUCUCGACAUGUCGAUUGUUCGUGCCCAGUUUGACGCAUUCGUAGAUGGCCGGGAGACCACGGUGCACAAGGGAGGACUGUUGGAGGUAGCUGACAUUCUAGAUGCGUAGCGUUCUUCAGCCAUGUUGCGCACAGCGGCCGUAUAGCGAUAUUCACGCAAACUUCACAACCUGCCGAAUGAUCAUCAUGGGGUUUAC